AUGCAAAACGAUCCUCUUCAUAGUUUUCAUCGCGACAAUCAGUUACGUGUUGCUCAGCCCAAUUCUAUUGAGCCAAUUGUUUAUCAGAGUAAUCAAAGUAUUGUAUCAAACUUUACGGCUAGUCAAAGUAUUUCAACUGUGGAUCAGUUGUCAUCGUCACAAUCGACUCUCUCUUCAUAUUUACCAAGAUCAGGUUUAAAUUCUUUGAACGAUGUUCCUUCAUGCCACAUUCAUCAAAUUUAUGAACUCAAUGAGUCAUUGAGUAUAGCUUCAGAAAACCGUUUUACAGUAAAGACCUACGACAAUCAUUCAAUAUUUUUGGCAUCAGAAGGAUCAACACAACGUGAUCGUAUGCUUUGGGGAAGUUCACGACCAUUUAUGUUGCAUUUAACGGAUCAACGACAUCAGCAAGCUAUUACUUUGAGAAGAAUUUUCGGGUGUCAUUGCUUUUGUUUUCCAUUGAAGAUGCAAUGCAUGGAAGUUUGGCUUCAUUCAGGAGUUUUACUUGGAGUCGUCCAAGAAAAAUUUUCAAUAACAAGUCGGGAGUUUGUCAUCGAAAAUGAGAGAGGCGAAGCAUUAUAUGUAGUGAACGUUUCACUUGGAAGUUCUUUAUGCAUGGAUAAAGAAUUUCAUUUUCCAAUCUUAACAGCUGAUAAAGCACAUCAAGGUGGAACAAUUGUUCGUCAAUGGAACAGUGACAUAAACACAUUCACGAUGAAUAUUUACUUUGCUGACCCAACUAUGGAUUCAAAAAUUAAAUCUUUAUUUUUAGGACUUGGAUUUUUGCUUGAUUAUUUAUUUUUUCAGUCAAGAAGUUGUUGCUAA